AUGCAAUACUACGAAAAGGCUUUGCACAUUCUAAUGAAAUCGCCCUGCACGGACGAAAUGAUCCAGUAUCUAACGCGUGUGACGCUAAAGGUGCUACCUAACACACCUGCGCAGCAAUAUCCAAGUCCACCAAGUUCCCCCACGGAGCUUUCUGGGAAGGAGCCUCGUCUACCCUCUCUAAGGACGUUCAUCACGAAGCUGGUCAGAUACACAAACGUUUACACGCCUACGCUGCUCACUACCGUUUGCUACUUGAACAAGUUGAAGAGGAUACUGCCCAAGGACGCUAAGGGUUUGCCAUCCACGAUCCACAGGCUCUUCCUUGCGUGUCUGAUACUGAGUGCCAAAUACCACAACGACUCGUCGCCGCUAAACAAACACUGGGCCAAGUACACGGAUGGGUUGUUCUCCCUAGAGGAUAUCAAUCUGAUGGAGAGGCAGUUACUGAACCUGUUGAACUGGGACCUACGCGUCGAACAGGAGGACCUUAUCCUUGACUUGCAAACGUUGCUCGAGCCAAUCAGAGACCACGUUGUCGCUACCCAGAUCCAGAUCAAGAAGAGACAGCAGCGCUCGUCUCCAGUGGCGCAGCAGCUGUCGAACGCCAAGCUGUUCGACUACCAGCGGAACUACUCCGUAGCGUCCAACCUGAGCUCCAGCUCGACGCUGGUUGGCCAGUCGAGGAGCGGCAGUUCGAGCAGCAUAAAUCUGAAGAGCCAGAGGCCUGCAGACAUAUGGCAGGACUCCGAUCCGCGGGGCUACGCGUGGAGAUUGGAGCAGCAGGUAUGA